CAUUCACUCGAACAAGAACUCGAAGGUUGCUUAUGGCGUUGUGGUUGUUGUCAGUUGGUCAACUGUUUUUCACCACAAAACGUACAGUUUCUUCGUAAAACCCAUGGCAGCCCUAUGGAUAGGAACAUCAUAAAAUAUACUUUUGUCCUAUCUUUAUUUAUUUUCUAUUAUGGACAGUUAACGAAGGCUUCAAGCGCCGAUUGUACUUUAGAUCGAAAUGUUUGUGGGGAAGAUGAAUAUUGCGAAGAAGGGUAUGUAUUUGCAAGAUGUGUGAAGAGAAAUCAAAUUCCAGAUUAUGGUGAUUACAGACCAAACGAUGAAGGAAGUAAUUAUAGAGACAUAGGAUAUGAUUUCAACUCUCGUCGAGGAGAAAUUCCGGAACGGAAACACUCUUUUGAUGAAAAUGGAUACGACAGCUCAGAACCAACCUUAGAAGACAAGGCGUUGAUUCAAUCUCUACCACUGGAAGGGAAGAGAGAAGGUUACGAAUAUAAUGCCAGAGGUGCACCUGGACCUGAUCUUCCUCCUAUAGUACCUGAAAACUGGGAUAACAUAGAACUUAGGAAUGAUAUAAGUGUAGGUGAUAGAGGUCGACAGUCAGCUGAUGAAGGUCAUCAUGAUUUUGAAAGCAGCAGAGAAUUUCAUUUACCUAGAGAACACCAUGAAGGAACACACCAAGCAUUUCAUGAAGACCUUGCCAAUGAACAGGUCUCCAUCGAACAUCUCYCUCCAGAAAGCACUAACAGCGAAUCUGAACACACUAAAGACACAAAGACUAAUGAUAAUGCAACACCAGACAAAAAGGAUAAAACACUAGACAAACCCGUUCAUAGUUCUCAUUCUGAAAGCAGUGACAAUACCAAUGAUGAUAUAGACUCCAAAGGAAAAGUUAUGAUCAAAGGUGAAGUAAAAAAGGCAGAGGCCAACAUUGACCAAGGACCCAACCCAGAAAAAAAUUACGAAAGAAUUAAAGAUUUUUUCAAGUCCCAACAGGCAAGUUCUAUUGUUGAAGUUCCAAACGCUGUUAAGAGGGAAGAAGCUUCAAAGAUUUCUAAAAAGAACUUUGUUCAAAUAAACAAGAAUGUACAAGAUGAAGUUAAUACUGAGGAGGUUGAAGACAGCAGAGCCUCAAAGAAGUCCUUGAAGAUUGAUUUGGACAAAAACAUGACUACCCCUGAAGCUUUGGCCCUAAUGAAGACCCUUGAGAAAACUCUGUGGAUCAAUGCACCUUCACCAAUGUUUACCUUACUAAAGGUUGAAGAUUCUUCGGUACAUGUUCGCACAGUCAAAAAUGACUAUACUCCUGAAAGUGAGAAGGAUAUAGCUAAAAGAAUCAAUGAAGAUGCCAGCGUAAGAGAUGCUGUUGCCAGACAAACGGGCAUGAAUAUUUUAAAGGCAAAUCAAGACACACCUAGCAAGUUUGAAACCAAAACAAAGCACGUUGUUACCCAACAACCAAAAUACUUCCUUACAACCCUGAUAGUCGUUGGAUGUGUUUCUGGGAUCAUCCUUUCUGCAGUAGCUGUCUAUCUUAUCAUGAAAAGGUACAAUGAAACUAAAAAAUUUAAACCAGUCACUUUACCUGGACAAGAAGCUGCUGCUGAUUAUCAGGAACUAUGUCGACAGUUCAGGGCAACCCAAGGAUGGGAAGCUCCAACAAAGGCUGGUGGACAUACAGAAAAAGACAAGUCUCUGUUAGGCUCUGCCAAACCACCAGCAUAUUCUUGGAGUGAAGAACCGGUUGUACCCAACAUGGAUAUAUCAACUGGACAUGUAGUCUUGGCAUACAUGGAGGAUCAUCUCAAAAACAAAGAUAGAUUGAACAAGGAAUGGGAGGCAUUGUGCACGUAUGAAGCUGAACCUAAUGCUACAGAACUGGGUAAACAGGAUAAGAAUGUGAGGAAAAACAGAUACAGUGAUGUUCUACCAUAUGACCAUAACAGAGUGGUGCUAAGAGAGACUGCCAAUGCAUCUGGUUCAGACUAUGUCAAUGCCAGCUUUAUUACUGACCAUGAUCCAAGAAACCCAGCCUACAUUGCUACACAAGGUCCACUUGCCCACACAGUGUCUGAUUUCUGGCAGAUGGUUUGGGAACAAGGAGUAAUCGUUAUUGUCAAUCUUACAAGACUCUCUGAUCUAGGACUGCCUCAGUGUCACAGAUAUUGGCCAGAAGAAGGCCAUGAAACAUACCAUAUAUAUGAGGUUCAUCUAGUGUCAGAGCAUAUAUGGUGUGAUGACUACCUUGUUAGAAGCUUUUACCUGAAAAAUUUACAGACCAGUGAAACUCGAACAGUCACUCAAUUCCACUUCCUCUCCUGGCCAGACCUUAAUGUUCCCACAAGUCCCAAACCUUUGCUUGAGUUUAGAAGGAAGGUGAACAAGUGUUUCCGUGGCCGUUCAUGCCCGAUAGUGGUUCACUGUAGUGGUGGGGUAGGCAGAACAGGCUGCUACGUCCUUAUCGAUAUGGUCCUCAACAAGAUGAUGAGAGGUGCAAAGGAAAUUGACAUUGCUGCCACAGUAGAACAUCUAAGGGACCAAAGACCUCAUAUGGUGAAAACAAAGGCUCAGUUUGAGUUUGCCCUUACAGCAGUGGCAGAAGAAGUCAAUGCAAUUCUACAAGCAUUGGCCAAAUAAAUAUACUAUCAGCGGCACUGCAAGCAGCAAUUCCAAAGAAAUUCUCAUGUCAUUUCCAAUAUCAUCAUAUAUAUGGCACUAUAAUUUAAAUUCAGGGAACUUUAAAAGUUUUAUUUAGGUAAUUUUAGAAGUCAAAAAUGGGCAAAUUUUCAGUAUUCACAUCCUUCGAUACAUCGGUUCACAAGUCAAACACAAAACAUUAAAUAUAGGCUACAAGAUGGUUUGAAAGAAUUAUCCAAAUUUGAACCUUGGUUGAAUGCUUCCUUUUUUAACCAGUGAACCGAUGUAUGGAAAGUGGUGAAUUGAGAGUUUAAAAAGUAAGAACUGGGAAAUCGUGUUGUGAUUGUGUGUUUUAAAGAGUAUUUGAGUUUAGUCCCUCAAAUUGUUCAUUAGGUCGAAUAUGUUAGCAUUUAAACGGUUUGCUAAUCUCUCAAAGAGAGGUAAUUUUGAAAUUUAGUUUGAUAAUAGUUUUCAAAUUUGUACAUUAGUUUCGUGGUAUGUUUGCCAGUUUGAAAUGGAGAAGGUAAAUUUAUCAAUACGACUUGAUGUCGUCUACAAAAUACACAAAUAAUAGAAUAUUUAUUUAUAAAACCAAAAUAUUCUGACUUACCACCAUUUUUUUUAUAAUUACGCGACAAACAUAGCUCAAAACAUUGGGGUUUUUGGCUUCAGUCAAUCAAAGAUCAGUCAGUCAAAGAUCAGUCAAUCAAAUAAUUACAACCUGAGACUGAUGGAAAUUUGGUUGACGCAAGCCACCCCCAGAUGACUUGAAUUAAGUGGGGUAUUGCCUAUUUACCAGCUACGGUUGCUAUAUGGAAAAUAUGAAAAUAUCUAAGAUUUUAAUCCUUUCCAUAGCAAUCGUACUUGGUAAAUAGGUAAGACCCCCCUUAAAGCUGGUUGUCUUGGUCGUAUAUUUAUAAAAGUGUUUUAAGUUAGAAAGGUAGAUAAUGGAAAAUUUAGCUUGCAUAGCUGGUUCUUACUUACUAGCUACCCAGGCUAAAGAAGUUGAUCAGGUACUUUCUGGCCAAAGGUCUUUAGGCAGGAUAACGUACGUUACAUUAAUAAUAUAAUGUAACAUCGGUCUUUAAAAGGGGUAAACUAUAGUUCACUAUAUGGUCUAUAGAUACAUCUUAGUCGGGGGCCGUGGAGCUGAAGCAUGUUGGUUGGGGCCUAAAGCCCUGUCUUGAUGUUUUGUUGACCACACCCUCCAAGGUCUCUGCAUCUUAGGAAAUCCAUCGUUAAUUUGGGUCUAUCGGUCUUAAGUAGCUCAUGUUCAAAUAUUACAAUUACAUUUGGGAAUCAUACAUUUAGUCAAUGUGUCAGGAAUUUGGACCAAGUGCCUACUUUAUUUACAGGCAUCCAGCAAAAGUGUCAGUGUCCACUCAGGGAUAUUAAUCUAUAUUUUUUGUGAGGAAAAUUGAAUUCAUCAGUGUGUUUGUGGAUAUAUUUUCGUCAUUUACUUAACAGAAAACGUAUUUAGGGGAAUACCACAGAUAAAAGAGUCGGGAAUUAUUCAAGAGAAUAUGCAGAUAUAUUUACAGCUAUUCUAUCACGUUCAUGCCUUUUAUUUCAACGCAGCUGUAAUUAUUUUUGUAUUUUAAAUUAAUUUUACAGCAUACAAAUCCUAGACUCAAUGGAGUCCUUGUUUAUCUAUUUCAACAAAGGGUCUCAAAUUCAGGUUAAACUGAGUUCAUUAUGAUAUAAAAACAAUCGAAAUUUCUUUCACGGUCUCUAUGUAAAAUUCACUAGAACGGGAGUGCUUAACUGAAUGAAUAAAACAAUAAUAAUUGGGGA